CCCCCACCCGCGGGUGCCGGCGCGACGGGGCGGCGGCGAUGCACCGGGCGGCCGGGGGUCACCGCGCCGAGUCCGCGCCGCCGCCCCGCUGCCCUCGCAGCCGGCCCGUAACGAGCGGGCUGGGCUAGGGCAGGGCUGGGGGGCCCGAUGGGCCGGGGCUAGGCCGGCGGCGGGGGGCGAUGCGGGCGGCAGGAUGCCGCGGCUCCCGGUGAAGAAGCUCCGGAAGCAGCUGAAGCUGCUGCUGCUGCUGGUGCUGCUCACCUUCGCCGUCUGGUUCACCUACCUCCACAUCAGCCUGGUGCGCCAGGGCCGCGCCCUGCGCCUCCCCUUCGCCUACGGCAGAGAUGGCGAGAGGCUGGGGGAGGUGACCGAUCCCGGCAGGCGGCCGGUGGCAGCCCAGGCUUUGGCACAGCGGAGGAAAGCCGAGGACUCCAGCGAGAGCCGCGAGGAGGAGCUGAUGAGCGACGGGCAGGACUUGGACGGCUGGUUUUCCAGAGGCCAACGGUCCGACCGAGCCACCGCGCACCCCAAGCUCAACCUGACCAAGCAGGCUUUGCCCUGGAACGAGCAGUACAAAGGGAAGGCAAACUUGCAUGUCUUCGAAGACUGGUGCGGAGGGGCCGUGAGGCACCUGAGGAAGAACCUCCAUUUUCCGCUCUUUCCCCACACCCGCACCACGGUGAAGAAGCUGGCUGUGUCGCCCAAGUGGAAGAACUACGGGAUGAGGAUUUUUGGCUACAUCCACCCCUUCAAGGAUGGGGAUUUCCAGUUUUCCGUGGCAUCGGAUGACAAUUCGGAGUUCUGGCUCAGCUCCGACGAGAGUCCAUCCAACUCCCGGCUGACUGCGUUCGUGGGCAAGCUGGGCACCGAGUGGACGGCGCCGGGAGAGUUCACCAAAUUCAGCUCGCAAGUCUCCAAGCCUCUACGCCUCAUGUCCUCCAGGCGCUACUACUUCGAGCUGCUCCACAAACAAGAUGACCGAGGUUCAGACCACGUGGAAGUCGGCUGGCGAGUUUUCCUCCCCAGCUUGAAGUUCGAAGUGGUCGACUCCUCCUACAUCUCUCUGUACACAGAUGAAUCGUCCCUGAAGAUGAACCACGUGGAGCACAUCCCGCAGACCUUGGCCAGCCACAGCGGGAGCUACCUCUGGGAGGCACAGCAAGAUGAGCACGGGGCUGACAUGCUGAAGUCUGACCCCAGGGACACCUUCUUCCUCACCCCGGCGAUCGAGGCCUCCCGAGUGGAGAACGUGCUGGUGCCCUGUGCCUACAGCCCCACCUACGUGGUGAAGGACUUCCCCAUUGCCCGCUACCAGGGCCUGCAAUUCGUCUACCUCUCGUUCGUGUACCCCAAUGACUUCACACGCCUCACUCACAUGGAGACGGAGAACAAGUGCUUCUACAGGGAGUCCCCCCUCUACCUGGAGAAGUUUGGUUUUUAUAAGUACAUGAAGAUGGAUGAAGAGGAGGAGGAUCCGCGCCAGCGAGCGUUUCUCUUCCUCAGCCCAGACAAUUUCCUAGAGGAUGAGGAGGAGGAGGAGGAAGGAGUGGACAGCCCUGAGCCCACAGACCCACCUCCCGAAGCCAAGGAGAAGAGCUUUGGGCUGUUACCCGGAGCUAAAGGGAGAGAGACCCCGCCGGUCAUUGGGGAUUACGGAGACGACCUGGACUAUUACAGCUUUCGCCGCAGGCAGGGGCAGGCGCGGGGUGAGGUGAGCACACCUGGGCAGCCGGGAAGAUGGAGCACGUCCCGCCAGGCCAGCGCCAGCCCGGCAGCUGUCCCCGAGGACCUCCGUGGCGAGGAGGACGCGGGCCCCGGGCCGGAGCAGGUCCGUGGGCGGAUGCUCAGUUGGUUACCCCAGGAUCCCGGCGAGGGCGAGGAGGAUGAACUGGGGCUGCUGGCGUCUUCGAAGCGUGCCGGGGCUCUGAGCCUUCAACCCCACCUCUCUGUUCCCAUCUUCGGUGGCAAAGCCAAAACGCCGGGUCCCAGCAAGCCUGCAGCACCCAGGGCGGACAAAAAGCCCCGGAAAGCCCAGGAGAAGGUCUAUGUGACCAGGCUGCAGCCGGGGAAGCGCAAAGCUCCGGCUCAGGAGCCAGCCUUCCCCAGCAUCUUCCUUUACCCAAAGCCUCUGAAGAAAGUCCACCUUCGCUCCAGGACCCCUCAGAAGCAUCCAGUCGCCUCCAGCAAGCUCCGUGCUGUCCCUGGCCGCCGGACCCCCUGGCUCCUGAGCAACAUCUCCAAGGAGAGGGACCCUGCCAGGCGGAAGAGCGCCCGCACGGGUGGCAGGAGGUGGGAACGGCCGGCCAAGCUGGGGACCGAGCAGCGGGCGCUGCCCAGCCUCCUCGCCCUGGGGACCGAGGGGCUCUUCAGUAGGGAGACCCACGAGGACACGACCCCUGCCCCGGGCAGGACAGCGGCCACCACCGAUUACAACUCCUCCGAGGCGACCCGCUCGGAGGGGCCGCGGGUGACAUCCUUUCUGAAGAUGUCGGAAACGACGGCGUCCCAGCAGGAGGAAGGAAAGGGCCAGGAGGAAGAGGAGGAGGAGGAAGAAGAGGUGUCAGACUACAGCUACGAGACCGGGGAGCUGCAGCAGAGCUGGCUGGAGGACUCCAUCAACUGGCAGAGGACGUUUAGCGUCAGCUCGGUGGACUUUGAGCUCCUGCGCUCUGACUGGAACGACCUGCGCUGCAAUGUGUCGGGCAACCUGCAGCUGAGCGAGAGCGAGGUCGUCGACGUGGUGGCACAGUACAUGGAGAAGCUCAACGAGAAGAACGGAGGCAUCUACACCCUCCUGAGGAUCGUCAAUGUGGAGAAGCGUCGGGACACGGCCCGGGGGAACCGCUACCUGCUGGAGCUGGAGCUGGCGGAGCGGGGCCAGCGCACGGUGCGGCUCUCCGAGUACGUCUACGUCCUCUUGCACCAGGGCAAGCGGGACGACAGUGCCGAGGCCAACCCCGAGGGGCCGGCCCUGGGGGCCACCGAGCCCCCGCCGAGCACCUGGAGCAUCCUCUAUGGAAAACCCGUCCUGUGCCGGCCCCUGCGGCUCAGCUGGAAGCAGGACGUCAUGGUGCACUUCGUGGUACCCGUGAAGAACCAAGCCCGCUGGGUCCAGCAGUUCAUCUCGGACAUGGCCCGCCUGUACGGGGCUACGAAGGACGCCAACUUCAAUGUCAUCCUGGUGGACUUUGACAGCGAUGACAUGGACGUGGAGAAAGCCCUGCGGGAUGCCCGACUGCCCCGCUACCAGUACCUGCGGCGCAUGGGGAACUUUGAGCGCUCGGCCGGGCUGCAGGCUGGCGUGGACACGGUGGAGGAUGGGCACAGCAUCGUGUUCCUCUGCGACCUGCACAUCCAUUUCCCCCCCAACAUCCUGGACAGCAUCCGGAAGCACUGCGUGGAGGGGAAGCUGGCCUACGCGCCCAUCGUCAUGAGGCUGAGCUGCGGCAGCUCCCCGCAGGAGCCCAACGGCUACUGGGAGGUGAACGGCUUUGGCCUCUUUGGCAUCUACAAGUCGGACUUUGACCGCGUGGGAGGGAUGAACACGGAGGAGUUCAGAGACCGCUGGGGCGGGGAGGACUGGGAGCUCCUGGACAGGGUCCUUCAGAGCGGGCUGGAGGUGGAGCGCUUGCGUCUCAGGAACUUUUACCAUUACUACCACUCCAAGCGCGGCAUGUGGAACGCCCGCAGCAAGAAGUCACCCAAGGACUAGCGCCCUGAGCCCGGCCCGCAGCCACCGACCCCCCCGUGCCUGCCAGAGGCAGGCCCCCGCCGGCGCCCGGUUGUCCCCGACCUCCGCCGACACGCCUCGGUGCUGGCACGGAGGGCACCCGUAAACGAACCGCGGUUAUUUUGGGGAGGGGGGGAGCGGGGAGGGUGAAAGCGGGUGGUGAUUUUUUUCUUAAGGGUCUAAUUUCUUAGUCAGAAAUGAAUUUAUUAACUCAUUAGCGCCGGGACAAUGGGCGUCCUGCUGUUGGGGAGGGUAAAGCCUCCGGGCUGAUCCCCGGAGCCGGUGGGUCCCUGGGGGCUGUGCGGGGCCGGUGAUGCCGGAGGUGGAAAAGCGGUACCCAGGCUCACAGCCGGCGCUCGCUCUGCAGCCCCUUUGCUGGGUCGCCCCCCCCCAACAUGCCCAGCACCUUGUCCCUGUGCCAGGCUGGAGAGCUGAGCUUUUUGGGGGGGCUACCGGUACCCACGGGAGUGAGUGGGGGGUACGAGCCCCCUGGGGCUGCCCACACCCUCCUGCUCCCCUCCUCGGGACCCGCAGAGGGGAGAAGGGGUUUGGCUCUGGCCUGCCGCAUGGGGACACGCCGCUGCGGCCGUACGGGGUGGGGGCAGAGCCCCUGGGCACCAGGGGCUGGCGU